AUGGCCACUUUUGUCCCGGUAAGAAACAAUCCAGCUGUGCCCAUUGAUUUACUUACUCCAUUUGUGGACCACCUUUCUCCCCAGAAUGGUAUCUGCACCAAGCGUUGCUAGCACUUAUAAUCUAAAAUGUUGCUAAGGUGCAACAGGAUCCAAGAACUCAGCUAGUACAUAGAAUCCCGGGAUUGUACUGCUGGAAGGGACCCCAAGGCUCAUCUAGUCCAAACCCUCGCAGUACAAGAAUCACAGCUAAACUGAUCACCAGCAUGUUUUAUAUAAAACAUGGAGAGAAGGGCAUCCGUGGGAAUGUGUCUCAAUGUGAAGGCAUCUCUUACAAGGUGGAGUUAAGAUUUUUGCAGUGCAUAGCUAAACUAUGGCCCUCACUCCCCCAGGAGGCAGUGAUGGCCACCAACCUAGAUGGCUUUAAAAGAUUAUUAGAUGAAUUCAUGGAGACGGUGGCUAUUGACUGCUGGCCGUGAUAGCCAUGCCCUGCCUCCACGGUUGGAGGCAGCAAUGCUUCUGAAUACCAGUUGCUGGAAACGUAGGAGAGGAGAGGGCUCUUGUGCUCUUGCAGAUUUCCCACAGGCAUCUGGUUGGCCACUGUGAGAUCAGGAUGCUGGACCAGAGGGGCCAUUGGCUUGGUCCAGCAUGAUUUAAAGAUGUUCUUUAAAUGGUACGGCAAUACUGAAAGUAAAGGAUGCUAACCAACAGGAGCCGGCAGAGAAGAUUGCAAAGAGAUUCUGGCUAAAACAUAUACACCUUAUAUUUACGGACUAAAGAGCCACCACCAAAUAUGCUAGGCUUACCUAAUCCGAUGAAACGUGCAACUUGGUGAACCUGCUCUGGGGCAGCCUCUCGACUGGCGCUCACCUGCUUUGCCUUUCUCCCCUUCUUGCACCCUCAGUACGCCUCCUGCUAUGGGAACAAGCAAGCGGUGCAGCUCCUGGGCCGAAACAGCUACUUCUCCCUCUUUGCCAACCCGCCUUGCCUGAUCAGCCAGCGGCAGCGGCUGGCAUGCCAGGCCCCAGAAAUGACUCUGCGGCAGAUCAGCAAGCUGAUCCGUGUCCUAAGGCAGCUGAACCUCCGGGACGCCAAGGGGAAAAAACUGCCUGAAGCACAGAGGUGAGCAAACCGGGGCAAAGGGGAAACAAAGAUGGCUGCCACAGCCCGUUAGGGAACUGGGGCAUGGGGAAAUCUCUGUAGGCUGAAAUCCCAGUGUGAUCCAAUGGUUAAGAGUGCCAGGCAAGGACCUGGGAGACCAGGGUUUGAAUCCCCACGCAGUCAUGAAGCUCACUGGGUGACCUUAGGGGUUUGGUCACUGUUUCUCAGCCUUGCCCACCCCACAGGGUUGUUGUGGGGGAUUGAAUGGGGAGAGAACCAUGUAUGCCCCCUUGAGCUCCUAGUAGAAAAAGGUGUAUAAAUCUAAUUGAUUAAUCCAUCGAGAACAGGCCACCAAGUCAGAUGGCAUAAUUCUAGGGAAACUGGGAAGACCCUUGGGUUGGAACUGCCCUACCUCAUACCCUUGAGGUAGCAGGCAUUGGAGCAGCUAUGGUCCCAUGCCUUCUCUCAGCCUUCCUAAAUGAAACUCUUUCUCCAUCGCUCCUUACAAGGGAGCAGCUGAAAAAGGCCAAUUAAUUCAUUCAUAGCCUGGGGGGCGGGUAGCAGCCUUCCAGCAUCUCAGGCAGUCUGCUGUUUAAAGGUUCUACCCAGGUUCUACCCAGGUUCAAUCUUGGUUCUAGAUCUGUCCUGAGUAAGUGGCUACUCUAGAGCUGGGAAAGGGGGCUGAGAAUCUCAGAGAGGGAGAAAACAUUUUUUCCUAGGGUGGCUGUGCGUUGCACUUUACAAAUGCUAGCCCUCUGUUUGAAGGUAUCCUCUAUCUCAGUGACUCCCACAACUUUUGGGUGGCCCUGCCCCUUGGCUCCAUAAACUCACCCUCCGUGCCCCAACCUUACCCUAUAAAAACCCUCGUUCAGAAUAGCAGUUUGCAUAACCUACAAUUACUUGCAUAUUCAAAAUCAAAUUAAAACUGUUUUAAGUUUCAUUAAGUCGACAAAACUAAUGAACCUGAUGCCAUGAUCAAUGUACAUCUCCACCACAGCCCUGCCUCUUAGGGUCCUCCCAAGUAAUCCCAGCACUCCCCCCAAGGGGUAGCACCACCCACUUUGGGACCCACUGCUCUGUCUGAGGGGACCACCGGGUGGUCCAGUUUUCCAUCUUGUUAACAUACACCUUCAGCUUAUUGGCCCUCAUUCAGCCCUUGGCCUGGAAUCUGAAUGGGGAAGUGGAGCUGGGUGGCACCAACAGACUGCUGUAACUGCGCACUUUCUGAUUCAGUUUAGUCCAGCCCCCCAGAUCCAGGAAAAAAUCUGCAGCAGGCCUAGGCUUCAGCCCUAGCAUGGAGCCAUUUCAUAAAACUGCUUAGGAAACCAGCCUGAUAGCAGUGACUGAAGACAUCUCGCAGCACAGAAGACAGAAAGCAGCAAAAAAAAGAGGUGGUGUUUGGAAUUAAGUUCAGCCAGGGAGCCCAUUAUAGGGGACACUGAAGUAUAUAUUUUGAAGUAUAUAGGGGAGAAACUGUGAGGUAGGUUAAGCUGAGAGGCAGUGACUGCCCCGAGGGCACCCAGUGGGCUUUGUGGCCAAGCGAGGAUUUGAACCCUGCUCUCCCAUGUCCUUGUUGCUUUGAGUUCACCUUUAUGCGAAAAGGCGGUUGUUUUAUUUAUUAAACAACAAAACAAUGGGUACAACAGGUCUCCCACUCCUACAGUUUUCCCUGCUUUUCAAGUAAGUUGAAAUACUGGCUGCAAGAAAUUAAAUAAGAGGCAUCCACUCACAUCUGAAGCUGCCAGUCUCUUAUGGCGGAGCUCUCCUGCUUCUUUGAAGUGAUUUGGCUCAUUCCAGUAUGGAGUGAUGAUGAUGAGAAAUAUGGCAAUUGCUAGAGUUGUGCCUAUGGUGCAGCUGCUGUAAAGGAAUAGAAGCCUCAGCCUAGAGAUGGCGGCCUUCCAAGUUUUUGUUGGACUACAACUGCCAUCAUCCCUGACCACACUGGUUGCAGCUGAUGGGAUUUGAGGUCCCACAACAUGGCCCCUGCCUUAGAUGGCUUGACUGGAUGAGAUGCAUACCUCCACCUUUUAAGAGAACUCCUUACAAAGCAGCUUGGAAAAAUGGGGGAAAGAUGAUGGUGCAAUGGUCAUGUGGUCUUCCAGAUAUUGUGGGACAACAACUCCCAUCAUCCCCGACUGCUGGCCAGGCUGAUGGGAGUUGGAGUUCAGCAACAUCUGCAGGGCUACAAAUUCCUCAGCGCUUCCGUAAGAAAAAGAGGCAAACCUGGCCACCACUUAGGGGUCAUUACAUACCCAAGGCUCCUUUCCCAAAGAUAGCAUCAAGCGUCUGGUGGAAAGGACAAUGUCUUAAUGCUCUUGAUGCCCAGGAAUCCUACACUAGUUUGCCCAGCUGUGCCUGCAGGCUUCCAACCCAACUGCCUUGCUUGCCCUUCCAGGAGUCGUUCAAGCAGCUCUUCCAUGGAAUCACAGCAGUCCCGGACUUCGGACCAGCACUGCCUGUCCUGCUUCCAUUCAAGACGCAAUUCUGGUCCACCUUGUGUCGGGUGA